AUGGCCGAUUCUCCUGUUAACGCCGCUGGCAACUUCAUCCACGGCAACACUGUUGCCCCCACAAACUCUGGACUCUUAAAGCUCUUUAGUCUCCAGGGCAAGACUGCCAUUAUCACCGGUGCUGGCGCUGGUAUUGGUCUCGCAGUUGCACAGGGCUACGCCGAGGCCGGUGCUAACAUUGCCAUCUGGUAUAACUCCAAUCCCAAGGCCAUUGAGCGUGCAGCCGAGAUUGAGGCCCAAUAUGGCGUUAAGUGCAAGGCAUACAAAGUCAAUGUCAAGGACUCCAAGGCCGUUGAAGAGGCUGUAGAUCUCGCAGUCAAGGACUUGAACGGCCGCCUGGAUAUUCUGGUGGCCAAUUCUGGCAUUCCCUGGAUUAAGGGCGCCAUGGUUGAUGCUCCCCUAGACCACUACAGCGAUGUUAUCGGCACUGACCUAGAUGGUACCUUCUACUGUGCCCGUGCCGCCGCCGCACACUGGCGACGACAGAAGAUCGAAGGCACAGACAUCAACGGCAACAAGCUCGAGGGCUUCACCUACGGUAGUUUCAUCGCCACAGCCUCAAUGAGUGGACACAUUGUCAACGUUCCCCAGCUACAAGCUGCAUACAAUGCCGCUAAGGCCGGAGUUAUUCACCUUUGCAAAUCCCUCGCUGUUGAGUGGGUGAAGUUUGCUCGGGCUAACUCUGUUUCUCCUGGUUACAUUGCCACUGAGAUCUCCAGCUUUGUUGCUGCGGACACUAAGAACAUCUGGAAGGAUAAGAUCCCUAUGGGACGUGAGGGUGAGGCACAUGAGCUUAAGGGUGCUUAUCUUUACCUUGCCUCUGAUGCUGCCAGCUACACCACUGGUGCUGAUAUUCUUGUCGAUGGAGGAUACACUCUGCCUUAG